AUGUCCGAAGUCACCUUCGCCAAACAGUUCCUCGCCACCAUCGACAAGAAGCCCAUCAAACUGCCCGCCGACCAUGUCAGCGAUCCUAGGAAGUAUCCGAAUCAGAGUCCCUACAUCCUCCCCCGCCAAACCCACCCCUUCCCCCGCCGCUCCGGCCCAACAUCCACGCAACAAGCCGCCUCCUCCACCCUAACCGCGACCCUCAAACCCAUGCGUGCCGGCGAAACAAUCACCCUCCCCUCCAUAACCCUCGACACAACAAUCCACGACCUCAAAACGCAAUAUGCCUCGCAGACGGGCCUCGCGCAAGACAAGAUCAAGCUGCUCUACAACAAGAAACCCGCGCAGGAUCUGAAGACCUUGAAGGAUCUGGGCGUGAGUGGGGAUGUGGAGUUGAGUGUGAUGAUCAUGGGCGGUUCGGGCGGGACACCGCGCGCGCAGAGUCCGGCCGUGACGCCCAAGUCGGAGGCGCCUGAGAAGGAAGCCGUACCCCAGGCGGGAGGCGACGCGAUGGAUGUGGAUGAGAAGAGUCCCGCGCCGGAGAGCGAGAAGGCUACGGCUGAGGCGGGCAAGACGGCGGAAAGUGGUGCGGGGGAGUUGCUGAAGGGAGAGGAGUUCUGGGAUGAUUUGAAGGGGUUCUUGAGUCAGAGGUUGAGGGAUGAGAAGGAGGGGGAGAAGUUGGUGGGGGUGUUUCGGCAGGCUUGGAAGGGUUCGCUGUAG